GCUCUCCACGAUCAGAGCAGGGGACCCCUGCGAUAAAUCAAAAGUGAAACGGCGCGCAAUGAUACGCGAAGACAAGGAGAUACGUGACCUUCUGCGCCAAUUCACUGAAUUGAAUUCAGAAACGCCACUGAAAUUCACGGGGCGCAGAUAUCUUCAUUUUCUGACUCCAAGGGUCGCGUUGCAACUGUACUUAGUCUUAAUCCGCAGCUCUGGGCCACAGUCCAACUACGUUAAACCCGAGAGGCAGUCUUCCUGCUGUAAACACGUACCACCACCAGUUCAAAGCACACGGCAAAUGUGGUCCACUGCCUGUAGGCGUUCCUAUGCAGGAGGGAGUCGCGCUUUUCAGACGUCAUCAGCGGCGGCCCGACCACCAGAUGACUGUGAAGCGUGAACUUGUCUGCGCCCACAGAGAUGAGAACUAUACUAUUUUCCCAAUUUUUACGGCUGUCUGCAUUAAGGUGCACUGUAAAACACUCCAUCACAUUAUGUCCUGAAGGAAACUCUGGAUAUUUACUCAAGUUACAUAAUCUCUCAGCUAGAUGCCAUUCAAGUGAAACCAAAGAGAGAAGCUACUGGCAGUUCCUAAAACGCAAAGUCCUAAAGCCGCCAGCCCCACCUUAUUCACAUAUAUGCCAAGUGGGAGACCCAGUCCUUCGUCUCAAGGCUUCUCCAGUGGAUCCUACAGAAAUAACAAGUUCCAGAAUCCAGAAUGUAAUAAAACAUCUGAUCAAGGUGAUGAGGAAGAUGGACUGCAUAGGACUGAGUGCCCCUCAGAUUGGAGUUUCACUGCAAAUAAUUGCUCUGGAGUAUCCAGUACACUUGGUUGAUGAAGAGCCAGAGAGUUUAAGGAAGACAAAAGGACUUGCCUCAUUUCCUCUUAAAAUCUUUGUGAACCCCAGCAUUCGCAUCGUGGACUCGAAGACUAUCACCUUCCGGGAAGCAUGUGAAAGUAUUUCUGGAUUUUCUGCCUGUGUACCCAGAUAUCAUGCAGUGGAAAUCUCAGGUUUGAAUGAACGAGGAGAGCCUGUUUCAUGGCAGACUGAUGGGUGGCCUGCACGGAUCAUCCAGCAUGAAAUGGACCAUUUAAAUGGGGUCUUGUUUAUUGACAGAAUGGACAGCAACACAUUUGAGAAUAUUAAAUGGAUGGAGUUAAAUGAGUAGAUAUUUUAUUUUCCAGUUGACUUCAAAUUCAGAAAUUUUAAUAAGUAAGCUCAAAUGUUUGUGUACAGGAAUAAAAAAAAUAAAAUCAGCUAUCACAAAACAAUAGAAUAUUGUUUGGCAAGAUUUUAAUGCACAUUGCUUUUUGUGAAGUUGAAGUCUAGGUCAUAUAACUGUUUAAAUGGUUUACUCAUGGCGACAACCAAACAGUGAGAUAUACCAAAGGAACAUAAGAUAUACCACAGUGCUUGAGAAGAGCCUAAAUGAUUCCGUUUCCACAAACAUGGUAAUAGCAAUGGGUAAUGGUCCAGUCUCAAACAGUGUAAAAGUCAAUAGUUUAAAUGUUGGUAAUUCAAAUAUCUUUCCAGAUAGCUAUAGUACUGAGGGUUUAACCAAUUUAUUUUUUGUAAUUGGUUGGUUAAUAUUUUCAAUGUUUAAACAUUAAGACAUCUUUUGUCUUAAUUCAAGCUAAAUUCAUAAAUAUUGAUGUUAUACGUAAAGCAGAGGCCAAGGUACAAAAAUGCAAAGUAUUCUAUCCAAAAAUCCAACUUGCAAAAAUUGAAAUGCUACACCAGGAAGGCAUUUCAAACCUUCACCCUGCUUGAAAAGGCUUAAAUAUAUUUGUAAAUGAUUAAGGUAUGGCAGAGGACUUUUGGUUUAUAUUAACACCCACCCAAAACAGGGAUACAACAGUUGUACAGGGGCUCCCUAUGUGGUUUAAGCUGCACAGCACAAACAAAGCAUGCAAAUGAAGUUAUGGUGUGACCUUGACUGCCAGGGAAACUAGUCUAAGGUUGUUGGUAACUUAGACUUCACCAGCAAGGUGGUGGGUUACUUUAUACUGCUUGUUGGAAAAAUUAUAUGGCAUUUUGGUACAAGAGGCCACAUGGGUUGUGUAGAUUUUAUUUGGUGUUCACCAUUACACAUAAGGUUUGCAAUGUAGGUGUCACUUUUGACAUAAUCACAUGUAUUUUAUUUACUAAAAGCACUCAUUUUGCUGAGAUGCUAAGUUCCACUUUCAAUUACUUAAGGCUGAUAUGCAAACUGUGUCCCAUGCCAUAAGACUAUGUUCAGGAUGAAUACACAUUUAUGAAAGACUCAUCCCAGUGUCUCUUAUACAGUGAGAUCUACACUCCGGAGCUGCUUGCCGUUAAAUGAGAAAAUAAAAUAGGCACUGUUGUGUACUCUGAUGUACAUUGCAUUUAGAAGCAUUACUCACAUGUAGACAUCAAACUUGCAGUAGUAGGGAGCAAAUGUUUUUUCUCUGCAACACACAAUUGGGCUUGAACAGCAAGUAUUAAAAAUGGCCCAAAUUGUUCAGAUACUUUUUUUGAAACUAAAACCAGUGAAGACCUGCUCUAGAAGUUUGACAUCUUUGUCUUUUUCACUUGGAGGUACUGACCAGUUUUGAUGGUCCUUUGUACAUCUGUUGGCUGCACUUACUCAAAAUGGAUUGAAUUUCUGACCCUUAGAAAUAACAAAAAAUAACAGAGCUACAACUACAUUUUUGUAAGGUAUUCAUGUAUUUUUAUAAUGUUUUUUGCUCAUAGUAAUGUUUUUACUGGAGUAUUAUUGCACACUACAGGCAAUUUGCCAUCCCUCAUUUCUCUAUGCUAACCAUCAAUUUCUGCCUGCAUGUGAGUUAAAAGGUCCCGCACUAGUAACUUUUACACUGAGUCCUGCUACAACACCUAAAAUGGACAUUUUUUUUUAUCUAUCACCCUUGUUUGCCCAAAUUCUAUAUAAGAUGAGGGUGUGCAUUGUAAUUUACAAUUCCAUAAACAAAUUAAUACCAACCAAUGAAAAUAUGUUAAAACUAUGGUUAGAAACUUGUCAUGUCCUAAUGAUGGCUUGAAGUCCACAAACCUUGGAUCAAAUUUAAACACUGUGGUCACUGAUAACUUGUCAAAAUCCUUUCCAUACUGUAAAUCUCUUCAGAAAAAAAAAAAAAAA